AUGACUAUAAUCCCAAAAAGUGAAGUACCUGCCACCAAGCAGGCGGCAACGGUCGAGACGUUUCUGGACUUUGUGAAGGGUAACUCUCCGUUUUACAAAGAGUUCUGGAAUACUGUUCCGUCUGCUUCAGCUUCAGGGACCACCUUAGAGCGUUUACCCUUGACGGACCACGCUGCGUACUGGCAGGCGAACACAUGCUUGAACAGCAGUGUAGUUACGUUGAAGCAACAAGAUGGCAUAAUAUUCAAAACAGGAGGUAAACAAGCCCCAUCUUCCUACAUCACCGACGGCCACUGUACAACAGCCAAGCCCAAGGUCUCCUUCUACAGCCAUGCCGAGCUCGAGGGAGUCUCCAAGUCCCUGGCAACAAGCCUGGUCCGGUGCGGGGUGCGCCAGGGUGACAAGGUCAUCAACCUCUUCUACGCGGGGGACAUGUACGGCUCGUUCCUGCUCCACAUCCUCUCCGUCUUCUACCUGCCCAUCCACGAGCGCGUCGGCGCCGUGCAGCUCCCCGUAGCGGGGCACGUCACUACCGAGAGUAUGGUCACACACAUACUGGAGUUCGAGGGGAGCGUUGUGCUGUCCACCGUGACCACGAUGGUCAAGAUGGCGGAGCUGCUGGCCGACGUGGGGUGGCAUGGCAAGAGCGUGGCCGACAGCGUGAGGCUCUUGUUGUUCUCUGGCGAGGCGCUGUACAACGAUCAGGUCGGCACUAUAAAGAGGGCGUUCCCCAAUGCCGAGCUGCGCAGCUUAGUAUACGGGACUAUGGAUUGCGGAGUCAUUGGGCUGCCUCCUCAUCCAGAGGCGAAGGAGCAGUUCUCAGUCGCUGACGGCAUUAAAGACCCAAGAGUUCAUCAGCUUAACCGCCCGGGGAUGAUCGUCGAGAUAAUAAGAGAGGACGGGACAGUCACUACGGAACCAGGCACGCCAGGAAGUCUCGUGGUGACGAAUCUGGAGAGGAGACUAAUGCCUGUUGUCAGGUACCCUUCUGGGGACAGGGCGGAAUGGAUUGACCAUGAGACCGGACUAUUUAGAGUCCUGGGACGGGAUCAGACGGCCAUACGGCUUGGUCCAGUCUCUAUCGACUUCACGCAUCUUCGUGAAGCUGUCUCCUCUGCGUUGGGCAGUGAGCGUCAUGUCUCUGGGAUCCAGGCAGUGGUUGGUAGACAAGAUGCCAAAGACCUACUAACAGUUCUAAUUGCCUUCCAGCCAACAUCUGGAGCUGAAGAGAAGGAGCUUAGACUGAGAGUGGCCGAGGAGUUGGGCAAGGCGAGACCAAUGUUCAGAGGCCAUGUCGAGCUCGGUCUGGUUAACCCUUUGCAAGUCUCAUUCGUGAAGGCAGAAGAGCUGACAGUCAACGAGAGGAGUGGGAAAUCGAUCAAUGUGGUCGACAAGAGGCUCACUACAUUAUAG